CGGGCCCCUCAUGUCUCAGCCGCCGCUGCCCUUCGCCGCCCGCUUUGCGGGGCCGCCGCCGCCGCCCCCCCAGUACCGCGGCUUCCCGCCCCCGGGGGGGCUGUUCGCGCCUUCCCCCGCCGGCGGCCCCUUCCCGGGAGCCCAGCCCCCGCCCCCCUUCCUGCCGCCCGAGCGGCCCCCGGGCCACCCCCUGCCGCUCCCCGCGGGCGGCCCCUACUUCCCCGGCCCCGGGGGAGGCUGCGGCCCGGCGCCCCUCGGCCGCGAGGCGGCCCCGCGGCUCCUGUACCCGCCCUGGCAGCCGGGCCCGCCGCCGCCGCCGCCGUGGGGCGAGGGCAGCGCCGAGCCGCGGGAGGCGGCCGAGGGCGGGGAGGAGGCGGCCCUGCGGCAGCGCGAUGAGCUCUGGCUGGCCCAGUUCCUGGCCCAGAGGCGGCCCCGGCCCCGCGGCUUCCCCCCGCCGCCGCCGCCGCCGGGCGCCCCGAGCCCCAGCCAGGCCCGGCAGCUGGCGGCGGGGGCCCUGCGGCCGGUGGCCCAGCUGGCGGGCCUGUGCCGCGCCCUGCGGCAGCAGGAGGCCGCCGGGGACGAGGCGGGCUGGGGCCAGGCCCACGGCCAGGCCCGCGCCCUGCUGAGCGAGCUGCGGGAGCAGCUGCGGCCCCUGCGGGAGCCCGGCUACCUGGGCGAGCUGCGGCGCAAGGCGGAGAAGGCGAGGAAGAGGCGGCUGCGCCUCCGCAAGAGGAGGCAGGAGGCCGAGGCGGCGCGGGAGGAGGAGGCGGCCAGGGCGGCGGAAAGGGAGGCCAGGAUCGACCGGUGGCGAGCCAAGUGCGUCCAGGAGGUGGAGGAGAAGAACCGGGAACGUGAACUUAAAGCCGCAGCAGACAGUGUCUUAUCUGAAGUAAGGAAAAAACAGGCAGACACAAAGAGAAUGGUGGACAUCCUGCGUGCUUUAGAAAAGCUUCGAAAACUGAGAAAAGAGGCAGCAGGAAGAAAAGGUGUUUGUCCUCCACCCUCAGCAGAUGAAGACUUUGAACAUCACAUAGAGAGGCUGAGGGCACUGAUCAGAAAACGCACUGAACUGUAUGAAGCUGAAGAGAGAGCAUUAAGAGUUAUGUUAGAAGGAGAACAGGAGGAAGAGAGGAAAAGAGAAAUGGAAAAGAAACAGAAGAAAGAAAGGGAAAAGCUUCUACAGCAAAAACGUGAUAUUGAUUCCAAGUUAUUUGGGGAUCCAGAUGAGUUUCCCCUUAAUCAUCUACUGCAACCCUUUAGACAAUAUUAUUUACAAGCUGAGCAUUCUGUUCCAGCCCUCAUCCAGAUAAGGCAUGAAUGGGAUCAGUAUCUGGUACCAGCUGAUCAUCCUGAAGGAAGCUGCAUCCCUCCAGGAUGGGUCCUUCCGACUCUCCCUACAAGUGACACCUGGGCCACUGCUGUUAGAUAAUUUAAUUAGUCAGUCUGAAGUGGUAGGUGCCCAGGGAAAAAAGAAAUAUACUGUAAAUAUGUGCGUGUGUAUAUAUAUAUAUUUUUCUUGAAAUCUACAUCACCACUUCAUAUUUUUUUUAAAUUGUAAAGCAUGUGGCAAGAUACUGGAAUUAGAAUUUCCUGUAGAAAAGCGAUAAGGGAAAAAUGUUUUCAACCUCCUGGAUCAACAGAUAAAUAUCCAAGUGUAAAAGAUGGUGUAAGCCAUGUUUGUUACUAAUGUUGUGGUGCUGUAGAGUUACAGUUCCGUUAUGGGCCUUUAUUUAACAAGUCUUUGGAUUUGAGGAAAUUUGUUUACAAUUUAAGUGCAUUGUAAGUGGGCUGAUACCUUUGCAGAGCAUGUGUGUGCAAUCAAAAUGCUCAUGUUGGACAUCUCUAGCAUGUAAGCUUUGAGUUCAGCAGUCAUCUUUGUUCCCUCUUAACUCUUCUGGUUGUAGAGAUAGUGAAUGACUAUCGCCAAAAGAGGUGAAUUUCAUAGAAAACUAAUGUUGAAACAAAUUCCUAUUCCAAAAGUAGUAUCAAAGUCAGUGAAUCUCGAUCUAACAUUUGACCCUGAAGUUCAAGAUCUCUUUUUAAAACACAAAACAAACAAACACAAAACAGCCGACCCACAUAAUUAUAUAAGUAUAGACAUUUCUAAGAGUCACUGUGGUCAACCUGAGUUCUAAUCUUGACUCUACCACUGGCUUGUUUUGUGGCCUUGGUAGUCAAUACACUCUUUUUGUCUAUUUAAGCAAACUGCAAAAUAGGAAUAAUUUCCUACCUCACAAGGAUUAAUGUAUAGUGAGUUUAAAAUGCUAAAUAUUACUUAUAUUGAUAUGCUGUUUAGCCAUUAUGCAUCAAACAUAGCUCAUAAAUUUAAGAUUCUUUUUCUAAAUAAAAAGCGCGAGCUCCACAGAUGGCCUUUCUUUCUUUCUUUCUUUCUUUCUUUCUUUCUGGCAGAUUAGUAGCCAGUUUUUGGGCAUUAUACAUGCAGUAAUGCACGCACCUUUAAAAAUCUAGAUCUUUUAUUGUCUCCUGUUCAAAAUCAGUUAUUUUUUCUUAAUGAAGGGCUUAGUGUUUUCAGUUUUGUUAUAAGAAUGAAAAGAUUUUUUCCCCUCAGGAUAGUCACAUAUUGCACUGUGUCCAAGAGACACUUUGCUUAUAAAACCUGAAAUUUUGUAUGUGCUAAAUCUCCUAUAGACUAGACAUUAGAGCUUAAUAUUCAUGUAAUACCUGUUCCAUUUACAUUGUAUUUGGGUGUGGUGCUAAUAGAAGUAUCUUGGCAAUCCAUAAUUGUACCAUCAGCAAUGCUGUGGUUUUUUUUUUAAUACAGUAAAAGUAAUAGUUUAAUUUAGAUGAUUUCUUUAUCUGGUCAAGACUACAUACAGUGGAGUCAGUGGGAAUUUUAAUUUAAGAAAAUGAACCACAAACACUAUUGAAGUUCUUUAUUAAUAAACACCAUAAAGAGAAUUCAUAAAUUAUGCCACACCAUCUUUAAAUCAUUGUGUAAUUCCUAGGUGUUGCAACAGAUUGAGGAUUAUAUUUUCAUUUAAAUGCAUUCACAACUCCCAUUAAAUCUAAAGUGAGUGGAGAAUUUCCUCCAUUGUACGGAAAACUGUUAACACUUAGAGGAGUUUGCAAUAUCUAGGCACGGAGGAUGUGAGCUAAGAGUGGCCGUCAGUAUUUAUUCUGAAUUUCCUUGCUUUUAUGGGUUUGUGACACUUUAUAUUAAUUCUUUGGUAUAUUUCUACUAAUGCUUCUGUAAAUAUCUUUUAAUUACAGUAUUGAAAUAUCGACUCAGUCUUGAAUGUAAAAGGACUAAAAGAGUGUAAAUCUAA